CACAUUUUAUAUACAUAGAGGCGCCAGUGGACUGAUUAUGAAUGGAGAGGUCUCAAACAGUCUCAAACGCGGAUUUUUGUUUACUUUUCUUCGUCUCCUGCAAUUUAUAUCAAUCAUAUGUAACACGUGUUCUGAAAUGGAAAAAAAUAUCAGUAAGAUCCUUGACGUGUCGUGGAGAUUCGGAGUGACUGCAGCAAGUAAUGAUUCUGACAACAUUGCAAAGUCAUUUCUGCAACUAAAGUUACGUCUUGACGAUGAUGGUAAAGUCAAGGAUGUAUUUACUGAGAUGACAAUAGGGCAGUUUUAUAAAUUUUUACAUGAUUUGGAGAAGGCAAAAUGUAAUCUCGAUUUGCUGCUGUAAAUAAAUACAUACAUAUUUUAGAAUA